UUGUAAAUAAGAAUUUGUUCUUAACUGACUUGCCUACUUAAAUAAAGGUUCAAUAAAAAAUCUAAAAUAACAAUGUAACCCAUUGUUUAAGAGAUUCUCCAAAAUGGAAAUAUUCCAGGCAUUUAUAAAUACAUUUGAGUCAACAUUAUCAAAAGCCUUUUCAAAGUCAGCUAUGUGAAUACCAGGCCUGGUUUCACAGAUUUUUCAUAGUGCUCUAUUGUUUCCAGUACUUGUCUUAUAUUAUCUCCAUUGUAUCGUCUGUGUAAAAAAACCUGUCUGAUUAGGAUGAACAAUAUCCGACAAUACCAUUUCAAUUCUAUCCGCUAUGCAUUUUGCCACAAUUGUAUAACAGUGUUGUAAGGGGCCUCCAUUUUUUUUAAAUGGACUGGAUCUUUAUUUUUACCACUUGGUCCUUUUUCACUAGUAAUGAAAUCAGACCUUGUUGAGUAUCUGAUAAUCUACCAUUUUUAUAGGAGUGGUUAAAACAUGCUAAUAACGGUCCUCUGCGUACAUCGUAAAAGGUUUGGCAUACCUUAACUGGUAUGUCAUCCAGCCCUGGCGUUUUCCCGGACUUAAAGGCUUUAAUUGCAUCAAGAAGUUUCUCCUCUGUAAUUUGGCCUUCACAUGAGUCUUCCUGUACAACUGAUAUUGGAUUGCAUGGCCUCUAAAGACACAUUUAAAAGUGUCCCAUACAAUAAGGGGAUCUAUGUUAUGUCGGAAAACGUCAGUUAUAAAUUAUUCUGUCCUGGUUAAAAACAAGUUAGCAUCCAAUAGGCUUUGAUAGAAUUUCCAAUAUCCUCUCCCAUGUGGAAAUUCUGUAAGAGUGAUGUAUAUGCAAAUUAUUUGAUGGUCCGACCCUAUUCUGUCCCCAUCAACAGUUUCCUUCAAAGGAUUGUUUGUAUAGAAUAAUAAUAGGGAGAGCCAACUAAAGGCGUUAACUCUUUGCAUCUAUCCAGACCAAAUGGAUCACUGGGCCAGCCACUCUUAAACAGCACCUGGGCCAGCACAGGUGAAACACUUUCUGACUAACAAGAUGGACAAGCCAGCACAGGUGUAACACAUAGUGACUAGCAAGGUGACACCAAUCGGUGCACCCCAUAUGCUGAAUGGAAAAACCAAAGCCUGUAAAAAUACAACCGCAGCACUCACCUGUGUUGCAAUUUAAGCUUUUUUUUUCCAUUUUCAAUGUUCAACCUUACAGCACUGGUAGUCUUCUUCUGUUAUACCAAGUUGUGGUCCCACACCAUGGUCUACAUGACAAACCUGGCCAUCGCAGACCUCCUCCUGGUCCUCACUCUGCCCCUGAGGAUCUACUACCAUCUGGGCUUGUCCGGGUUACCUCAGGUCUUGUGUGAAGGGAUGGGCCUGGUUCUUCUGGUCAACAUGUAUGGCAGCAUAUUCCUCCUCACCUGCAUGUGUUUCGACCGCUGCAUGGCCGUGUGCCUACCCAUGUUGUCCUGGGUCCAGGAGGGGCGUAAGAAAGCCCCGCUGGUCUGCCUUGGGGUGUGGCUGCUCACGGCAGGCGCCAGCCUCCCCAUCUACAUCUCCAAACGCAGAGAGGUGUCCAAGGACAUUGAGGUCAAUUGUUUCGGGAACCUCCCAGUAUACGCCAUGCAGCCCAUGGCGGUCGCCUCGACUUUAACCGUCGGCUUCGGCAUCCCCUUAUUGGUGAUGUUAGUCUGUUCCUGGGCAUUGAUCCAGGCCAUCACAAGGAGCUCCAUAGCCCAAACAAACUUCAUCGACUCUGGGAAGAUUCAGAGGAUGAUCACCAUCAGCCUGGUGAUAUUCCUCACCUGUUUCCUGCCCUACCAUGGGACUCUGGCCCUCCUCUAUGUCCAUAGGGAGGCGAUAACAUGCCCCCUUCUGGCAGCAUACCACUAUAGCCUAAUGGUGGCCUGUCUGAAUGCCAUGUUGGACCCACUAGCCUACUACUUCACAACAGAGACGUUCAGGAGGAAGAUGGAUAAGGAUUCUGUCAGAACAGCUCUUAGAGGAACAACAGGGAAUCCAGAGGACCAGUCGAUACUUUAAAGAUGUUCCAUCAAGGGCGUAACAGUCUCUUGAACAUUAGGGGGACGGAGUCUAACAUUUGGGCAUUAUGGAUGUUCCCUGUAAACAGUCACAGCUCUGAGGGGAUCAACACGAGGGGAUCCAUGGGACCUGUCUAUACCUGAAAGACUUUAAAUAUAGUUCAAAUGUGGAGUCUUUAUAACAAUUGUGAAUUUAUAAAAGGAUCCACAGGCAUACGAUUCUCAUUGAACUUUUAUCCAAUGAAGCCUCGUCUACAGAGCUGCCUCGUCUACAGAGCUGCAUCGGUUAUUGACGUUUGCAGAUGUUACACAUGAGGCUAAAUGAUGCAGGCCCAGGUGUCCAUGGCUCAAAUGGUGUCGGGAUCUACUAAUUCCUGCUGGGUCUUUGCUUUGGGAAUCCUGUUUUGUUGACUUUUUAGCCUUUCACUGACAUGAAUUGGUUGAUGAAGAGUAGCUAACUAAACUUUCUGAUGAAAUACACCAACAGAGUGGACAGAGGCCAGGCUUUGUGUAAUUCAGGUCAAUGCUUAAACAUUUUGUAAUUAUGAAACGCUUACCUUGUGUCUAUGUUUGUACUCUUUAGUUGCGUGCCUUUCUUUGUUUGCUGAAAUCCAUGCUUUUUCGAGAAACGUCAAUCAAACACAAUCACCGACUGUUUGCUCAUUGCUGUUGCUCUAAGAUGGCAACUCAGCCCAAAUGCACGUGCCAAUUGAAUCUCAACAAGGAAGCGGUCCGUGGUUGGAAACUUCCUUCACCACGAAGUGUAUCCCUUGCUUGCUAGCAAGCCUACUACGGCUAACUUACAGUCACGUCAAAAAGUGCAGUC